GCUUGAGUACCUCAAUCUCACUACAAAUUUAUUUCAAGGACCAUUGCCGCUGAAUAUUUCCAAGCUGCCCAACCUCAAAGAUCUUCGACUUGGAAAUAAACUAUUCAAUGGUUCUAUUCUUGAAGAUCUCGGUUUGCUUUCCAACCUUGAAAUCCUUGAGUUAUAUAAUAACUCACUUAAAGGGGUCAUUCCUUCUUCAUUGGGCCAACUCACAGGACUUCAGAUACUAGACCUCAGGAUGAAUGAGUUGAAUUCCACAAUUCCAUCUGACCUCGGCCUCCUUACCAACCUCACCGACUUGGAUCUAGCUGAGAAUUCCCUCCACGGGGUCUUGCCUCAAUCCUUAGCAAAUCUAACCAAGUUAACUGAUUUGAGCUUAUCUGAGAAUUUUCUUUCUGGGGGGAUCUCGCCUUCUUUGCUCUCAAGUUUGACCAAUCUGAUCUCUCUACAACUUCAGAACAACAACUUGACUGGCAUUAUUCCACCCGAAAUAAGCCGACUAACUAAGCUUAAUUACCUUUUCUUAUACAAUAACAAUCUCACUGGAUCAAUCCCGGAUGAAAUUGGGAACGUAAAAGAGUUACUAGGAUUAUGCCUUUCUGGAAACCAGCUCUCUGGUCCAAUUCCUCCAGCAGUGUGGAAUCUCACAAACCUCCCAACUUUACAACUCUUCUCUAACAGCCUGACUGGCACAAUUCCUCCAGAAGUUGCAAAUCUCGCAUCCAUUGUUACCCUUGAUCUCAACAGUAAUCAAUUGCAUGGAGAGUUGCCUGAAACCAUUUCUCAACUUUCCAUUCUACAGUUAUUUUCUGUCUUCUCCAAUAAAUUGGAUGGCAUCAUUCCACAGGAUUUUGGGAGUAUUAUCCCCUCCUUGAGCUUUGUCAGCUUCUCAAAUAACAACUUCUCUGGGAUACCGCCACCAAAGCUACGUAGUGGUCUUUCUAAGUAGUAUCUUACAGUGAAUAACAAUAGUUUCACUGGGUCAAUUCCGGCAUGCUUGAAGAGUUGCUUGGGACUAAUUAGAGUUCGACUGGAUAAGAAUAAAUUCACGGGAAGUAUUACAGAUGCAUUUGGAGACCAUCCAAUUCUUUCACAUAUCGAUCUCAAGGACAAUCUAUUUUCCGGUGAGAUCCCUCAGAUCUUAGGCAAUUUAACCAAGCUCAACUACCUUGACUUGUCGGGUAACAAUUUUACUGGAGCCAUUCCUAAAGUGCUCGAGAAGUGCGUGGGCUUAUGAAGCCUAAUUGUCCGUAAAAAUGGUCUGUCAGGCGGCAUACCCCCUGAGCUUGGCAACUUAACAGGUUUGCAGAACAUCUUGGAUCUCAGCGGCAAUUCAUUAUCAGGAGUAAUUCCGGAAAGCCUGGGGAAGCUCGCCCUAUUGGAGAACCUCAACUUUUCCCACAACCUUCUGACGGGGAACCUCCCAGCGACACUGUCCAACAUGAUUAAUUUGAAAUCCAUUGAUUUCUCCUUUAAUAAACUGUUUGGUGCAAUCUUCCAAAACGCUCGAUCAACGGUUUAUGCUGGGAACCCAGGUUUGUGUGGAAAUGCACCAGGACUGAAUCCGUGCAACAGUCCUGCUGCUGCCCCAACAAAUAUCCUCUAAUGGGUGAGUUUUGUCAUUAGGCGGGGCUUUGAAUGAUCACUCUGUGCUAUAUGCUCAAGUUUGUAUCCGUCUAUGUUUGAACCCAAGGGGGGCAAUAAUAAGAGAACGGUAAAAAAGACAUGUAAUUUCUCUGAGUUUAGGCAAGCACUACAACAAGUGCAAAAAAAGUUUAGGUGUGAGAGGUUUCGAUAAAUUUUAAUAUAAUUUUAUAUUAUAUCUCAUCCAAGUUUAAUAUAAGAUUUCUUCAAAUAUAAAAUAAUAA